GAAUCUAAAGCAGUACUAGAAGAAUCAGAAAAGGAGAAUGUAGCUGAGAAUUCGGGGGAAGCUUAUAGUUCAGUUCCCACAGAGGAGAAGCCCCCUGAAGAUCCACAGCUAUUGAUGCAAUAUAUGAUUGAUAUGGAUGCCUAUCAGAAAGAAGAGGAAAAUACAACCCUAACCAAGGGGCAAGUGGAGGACAAUACGUUGGACGUAGAUAGUACAAUGCAUGUGGAAGGACCCAAGAUGGAGGACUAUAAACAACCUGCCAAGGAAAUGUUGGACACUGAGAAGAUGGAUAAAACUGAAAGUAUGAGCAAGAUGGAAAGUUGCCAGCAGGUGUGUGAGACUGGACAGUCAGAGGCUGAGCAUCCUGUGAAAGAACCACAACCUGGACCCAUGGAAUGCAAAGACAGUGCAAUGAAACCAGAAGAUGAAGGUUCUGACAAAGCAGCUAAGAAAGAACCUUCGAUUGUAGAGGGCAGUGAUCAGAAGAGCUCUGAGGAUGCAAACGAUUCUAAGAAUGUGGCAAAUCAAGAGAAAGGAAGAGCUUUGGACAUUCCAAAGAAUCUUUGGGUGAGUGGCCUGUCCUCCACGACAAGAGCAACUGACUUGAAGAACCUCUUCAGUAAAUAUGGCAAGGUGAUUUGUGCCAAAGUAGUAACUGAUGCUCGUAAUCCUGGUGCACGCUGCUAUGGAUUCAUAACCAUGUUGACACCGGAAGAGGCAACAGAAAGCAUCAAUGCCCUGAAUCAGUCUGAACUAAAUGGACAAACUAUCACUGUAGAACUGGCCAAAAGUGAACCUGGAUGUAAGAAGCGUACAGAGCAGAAGGUGGGAAAUGUGAAGAAAGUCUCCAGACAAAGUUCCAGCCGAAGAAGUGAGAAUGAUGGAGAUCAGUCAAGAGAUAAGUCAUCUAUCAAUGGCAAAAAAGAUGAUAGAAAAGGCAGCCAAGGAGAUUCCAAGAAACAGGACGAUGAUAGAAGAAAAGACAGAAGGAGAGAAGGGAAUGCUGGUGGACACAGAUCACACUCAA